GCGGCGCUUCAGAUGCUGAGCAGACGCCGAGCGAGAGGUACCGCUCGCCAAGUGAUUCAGUGAUUUUGAGGUGCGCCUUUGGAUUUUGUGGAUUAUUUUCACAAGAGGAUUCUCGCCGAACCGAACUCCCGACUGAGCGGAAACUUGCCUUCGACUUCAAUGAUAACCCAUUGGAUGAGUUGAGAACGCCAGGAGAAUGCCGAUCAACGACGAAGGUGGCCCCUCGGGGGGCCUGUCCGUGAUCAAAGACGCCAACUCGGACGGUCGGCAGCGCCGCGAUUCGGCCGCUGUGGCGAACGCGAUCGCCGCCUUCCACCACGCCGCCUCCAGCAUGAUGGGCCGCGGCAGGUCGGACGCGCCCCACCUGGGCAGGGGCGAGAGUUCGGCCUUUGUGCCCGUCAUCCCUUCCAGGUCUCUGCACGACCUCUCGCCCGGACGGUCCUCGUCCAGGGACAAAAGUCCCGGUCCGAGCACCUCCAGCGGCUACGGCCGCAAGAGUUUCGACCUGAUGGCCCUGAUGGCCGACAAGAGGAAAGAACUGGCCCUGAGGGAGGAGGCCAUGUUGGCGGCCAUGCUGCCCAGGCCGCCCCCAGGCCUCCUGGAGAACCUGGCCAGUCCGUACCUGCACAUGUCGGCCAUGCGGAACGCGCAGCCCCCGCCCGCCCCCAACGCCAGCGGCCUCAUGCACCAGGCCCCCGCCCCCAGCACCAGUGGCGCGCCGCCUCCAGCGGGGGCUGCUUUUCCGGGCGUCUUCCCGCACCUCGACCGAAGGUUGCUCAGGGCGCCAGGACGCGCCUCCAGGCCCAAGAAGCAGUUCAUCUGCAAGUUCUGCAACCGGCAGUUCACCAAAAGCUACAACCUGUUGAUCCACGAGCGGACGCACACGGACGAGAGGCCCUACUCGUGUGACAUCUGCGGAAAGGCCUUCCGCAGGCAGGACCACCUCAGGGACCACAGGUACAUCCACUCGAAGGAGAAGCCGUUCAAGUGCACCGAGUGCGGCAAGGGUUUCUGCCAGUCGCGCACCCUGGCCGUGCACAAGAUCCUGCACAUGGAGGAGAGUCCGCACAAGUGUCCGGUGUGCGCGCGCUCGUUCAACCAGCGCUCGAACCUGAAGACGCACCUGCUCACGCACACCGACCACAAGCCCUACGAGUGCACCAGCUGCGGCAAAGUGUUCCGCCGCAACUGCGACCUCCGGCGCCACGCCCUCACGCACACCGUCGGCGACGUCCCCGCCUCCGAGUCGCCGCCGUCCGGCGGCCCGGACAAGGGUCCGGCCGGCCCUGCGGACCGUCCCGGCACCAGCGCCGAGAUGUUCCGCCAGCAGCAGCUCCUGCAGCGCAAGGCCGCCUGCUGGGGCGCCCCUCCGCCCCCGGCCGCCUACCUGAGGCCCAGCUACCCCCCGGCAGGGCCCAGCUUCCUCGACCGGCCGUCCGGACACCGCAUUUUCGGCCCCAAACCGGCCACCGUCACCAGCGAGUCCGCCCUGGACGAGACGACGCCGGCCCCGCAGACGAGCCCGCAGAACCUGACCGUCGAGGCCAAACACCCUUGCGACCCUGAGGAAGGGCCCUCCUGUUCGUCCCACGUCCCGCCUCCGGUCGAGUCGCCGCCGUCCAAAGUAGUCCAGAGUACAAAACCGCCGACGCCGCCACCGUUGCCGGCGCAGAUCAACAACAUCCCCAACAUUCCGCAACAGAGGAUCCCGCCGCCCAGAUUGCAGGGCUUCACCAUCGAGGACAUCAUGCGGAAAUGACGGAGAACUUUUGUUUAAAGUUAACGGACGGUCGAAGGUGCUGAUUGUGUAUCAUAGCAACGUUUUGCUCAAGGUUAAAAGAAAUUGAUACAAAUUCCAUAAAUUUAUAAAGAAAUCGGCUUGGGCGCUGCCGUUGCAAUUUUUGAACAUUUUAUCGAACCGUUGAGCGAAAUUUUCUAAUUGAGCCGACUAAAUAUAUUUUGUAAAUAUUUUAGCACGAGUACAUUUUAUAUUUAUGUAGUUACGCCAGUUCUGUGUAAAUAUCAAGGCCUUGCAGGCGGAAUCCAUCCAUUAUCAACUCUUAGACAAAAAAUUCGCCGCGGAGGCCUUUCAUUAACUCACUUUUUUCUCUGCUCUGAACCUUUUCUUACAUAAUAUUCUCAAGAAUUAGCGUGUAAUAACAAUUUCCUUUGAUUCAGUUUCUCGGAGAGCGGCAAACAAAAAAGUGCGUUGUGACUUAAAAGUGAAUUUUUUUCGUCACUUAAUUGUAUUAUAAGAAAAAAUUGAAAAAAGAUGCGCGGCUGCAGGUUUUGCUGUAAAAAUGCUGGUGUGCGCGUUUGUGUGGACGUGUUUUUUGCUGCUGUGUCAAUAGAGCACUAAUGCGCAUUUCAAAGAAGUCCUCUAAUAUAUUUACUUGUUUGCUUAAAUACGGAAAGCAUAAUAUUUAUCGAGUUAGAAAAGGAGAGAUGUUUUAAGCCCCAACGGACGCCGCUGAUAGAAAAGCCGCGUGCUUUUCCGAGAAAUGUAAUUUUGAGCGAGGAUAUGAGCGUCGUCGUAGGACUUUUAAACAGUGAGUGGCCGUUUUUUGCUGCACAGAGCGACGUGAACACCGAUCUCUUCAAACUCAUCAUCCCAACACAAAAUGAUUUUUACAAGUGCAAGGAAACUGACUAUUUUUAUAUAAAAUACUCUCUGUUAUAGUUCGUCCAGAGUUUAAGUAAGAGGAAUUUUAAAAAAUGUGGUUCUAAGGUUUACUGAUGCGCGGAGAUUGAAUUUUUGAUACGGUAAAUAAAUGCAUUCAAUAAAUUGCCUUUUACAAAAUGUACAAAAGAACGAAAAUUUUAUAUUAUGUGUACUUGUAAAGAAAUAAAAAUUCCGCUUUUUGAU